ACCAAGUUAAGAAUGUGAGAGAAGAGAUCUCGUCUUUUCCCUUUCCAUCAACUCCUUCCAUGGUGUCCUCUCCGUUACAGCGAGCCUUCCUGGCUCUACCUUUCUUCUCCUCGAAAUAAACAAAACCUCCCAUCGAAAACCCUAAAGCUCAAAGAGUCGCUUUUUGUAGUUAAAUCUCAAUUACAGUUGUUACAAUAAUCUUGCUUUAUUAAUUAUAUAUAGUGGUCACAUUGUCCCAAAAUUUGCGGCUAGCUAAGGUGUUGCCUUGCUGCUGUUCAUCCAAGAGCAGAGAGGCUCAAAGACAAUUUUACAGAAGCUGGAGCAAAAUCCGCCAACAAAUAUCCCAGCAACAUUAUUGUUGUUCCGUCGGCUUCAAGGAUGCUGCUUCCUACCACCUGCAUUCUCCUCAUAUGUUUCCUCUUAAGCUCUCCGUUCUUCCUCACCAAAGCUACCCUCAAUCUCACACUCCCUCACCAACACCCCGACCCUGAAGCUGUUGUCCAAGCAGUUCAAAGGAGCGUCAAUGCCUCUCUCUCCCGGAGACAAAUGCUCUCUCUUCAAGGAAAGGACCAACGUUCCAAAUGCCUCACCGGCAACCCCAUCGACGAUUGUUGGCGCUGCGACUCAGACUGGCAAAAAAACCGCCAAAGGCUCGCCGACUGCGCCAUCGGAUUUGGACAUAACGCCCUCGGUGGUAAAGGAGGUCAGAUCUACAUAGUCACUGACUCGUCCGACCGUGACCCGGCUAAUCCGGUCCCCGGUACCCUCCGCCACGCUGUGGUCCAAGAAGAACCUCUCUGGAUUGUAUUCACUGCGGACAUGACCAUAAAGCUGAAACACGAGCUGAUCGUCAAUAGCUACAAGACCAUCGACGGUCGCGGUGCGAACGUCCACAUCGUGGGUAACGGCUGUAUCACGCUGCAGUACGUGUCUAACGUCAUCAUCCACAACAUCCACGUUCACCACUGCAAGCCGUCGGGGAACACGAAUAUACGGUCAUCUCCGACGCACGUCGGGUGGAGGGGGAAAUCGGACGGCGACGGUAUAUCCAUAUCCGGAGCGCGACUGAUCUGGAUUGACCACUGCUCCUUGUCCUACUGCACGGACGGCUUGAUUGACGCCAUAAUGGGGUCGACGGGAAUCACCAUCUCCAACAACUAUUUCUCGCACCACAACGACGUGAUGCUGUUGGGCCACAACGAUCGCUACGCCUUGGACUCGGGCAUGCAGAUCACCAUAGCGUUCAAUCAUUUCGGCGAGGCGCUGGUGCAGCGUAUGCCUCGUUGCAGACGGGGGUACAUACACAUCGUUAACAACGAUUUCACGCAGUGGGAGAUGUACGCCAUCGGGGGUAGUGCUAACCCCACCAUUAAUAGUCAGGGUAAUCGGUAUAAUGCACCGCCGGACCAAAACGCCAAGGAGGUGACGAAGCGCGUGGAAACAGACCAGAGUGAGUGGACGGGCUGGAACUGGAGGACGGAGGGGGACAUAAUGGUAAAUGGAGCGUUCUUUGUGCCAUCAGGGGCAGGCCUCAGCGCCCAGUACGCCAUGGCCUCCAGUGUGGAGCCCAAGGCCGCUGGGCUAAUUGACCAGCUCACUAUGAACGCUGGUGUUCUUGGUGGGCCCAGGGAGAGCAGUCAGAGCAUAUCAUACCCAGGAUACAAUGGUGGAGGGACCGGCACGGGAACUACCUACACCGGAAAUUCUGGGUCCGGUGGUGAUGGAGACUACUUUGGAAUGAUAUUUGGGGGCGGCGCCAUGGCAGCGGCACCACCCGCAGCCCCAUCUUCUACUUCAAUCAUUUUACCCCUUGUAAUUAUUUUAAUUUGGCACGCUACCACUGGUCUUCAUCUCCUAUUAUCGUUUCCCUUAUUAUGAAAGUGGUGAAGGAAAGAAUAUUUAGGUUAAAUUCAUCACUAUAUAAGGAGAAAAAGAGGAACCUCCUGAUCAAUUUGAUUUCUUGGCCCCUCCCUUGGUAUAUAUUAUUUAUUGAGGAGCAUCAACUAAUCAUCGAGGUGAAUGAUACCACCAAUUAUGAGGCCCAUUUUGUUGGGGGCUUUUAUUGCA